AUUGUGCGAUUGAAAAUGAAGAUGACGACGAGGUUGAGAGGUACUCCUGUUGGAAUCAAUCAUUCUUCAGUGCUCGCUUUGUGUGUUUGGAAACACAAUACAUUUACCUGCUGCCAGUCUUCUUUGCCAUGGAUGGAGGUCUAAGAUAGUACAUCCUGUACCAGUACCCUGGUAACGUAAAAGCAUCUCGUGUGAACAAUGCCGACGACGUGCCAAAGCUGUGGGUGCAGUGAUUUGGAGACAGAUCAGGCGAGAGGGGAUGUUGUCUGCACGAACUGUGGAGCUGUGUUGGAAGAGGGUCAGAUUGUAUCAGAGGUUGGAUUUUUGGAAAAUGCCAGCGGUGGAACGAAUGUAAUUGGACAGUAUGUUUCUUCUGAAGGAACACGUGGGCGGUCUAUGAGAGGGAAUUUCCACCAUGGCUUUGGUCGUGAAUCGAAGGAAGUUACUCUGCAAAAUGGCCGACGUCGCAUUGCAGGUCUGGCACAACAGCUGCAACUUAACCAGCAUCAUGUGGAUUCAGCGUACAUGUUCUUCAAAAUGGCACUCACGAAUCGCUUGACGCGCGGACGCAAGUCUUCACACAUUGCUGCUGCGUGUCUGUACUUGGUAUGUCGGUCGGAAGGAACGCCACAUAUGCUGCUUGAUUUCAGUGACGCUCUUCAAACGAACGUCUACUUGCUCGGUCGUGCUUAUCUUCACUUGGCGACUGCCUUGUGUAUACAUGCUCGUGCCGUGGAUCCAUGUUUGUACAUCCCUCGCUUUGCACACAAGCUGGACUUUGGCGAUAAAACGCACGAGGUGUCGAUGACAGCCAUGCGAUUAGUGUCUCGUAUGAAACGUGAUUGGAUGGAUGUAGGUCGACGGCCGGCUGGGCUUUGUGGUGCGGCUCUGUUAGUGGCUGCUCGUCUGCAUAACUUCAACCGCAGCCAGAAGGACAUCAUCCGUGUAGUACGAGUGUGUGAUGCCACCCUGAAGAAGAGACUGACGGAAUUUGAGCAAACGCCAUCCAGCAACCUAACUAUUGAUGAGUUUCUCAAGAUUGAUUUGGAAGAGGAGAGCGACCCACCGUCCUUUGGGCAGAUGAAUGCAAAGAAAGAGGACGAAGAAGGAGCUGAAGGCCAGUCAAGUGGUGCGGGCGAAGAUGGGCAGUCCGUUGAUCCAGACGCACUUUCAGAACUGGAACGUAUGCAGAACAUCUUUGAGGAGGCUCUGGAGGGUGGGGAGAGUUCUGCUGCUCCGUCUGUGGCCACCUCCACUGUUGCGUCAAGAGCUGGUUCCCCAGUGACCGUGGCACAAGAAGCAGAUGAGAGUCCAGUUGCCAAUGGCACAGCAGAGCUACUACCAGUAACAGCUGCUAGUAGUAGUAAUGCACCAUCAGCCAACGCAGAUGGUAGUGGUACUAAUGCCGCAUCAGGCACGGCAGAUAGCAGCAAGUCCGACUCGUCCUUGGCUGUGUUAGAAGGUACAAGGACCGCUCUGGAAGCAGACGUUGAGACGGCAUUGGCGGCUGGCGGCAUCAGCAGUAUAACUGGUCUUAGUAGAUAUGCAGAAGAAGACUCUGCCACAGCUCCAGAGAAGCCCGAAAGUGUUGACGUUGAGGGAACGGAGCCCGCCGGAGAAUCUUUAUCUGACCUAGAUGAUGAUGAGAUGGACGGGUUUAUUCUGUCAAAGGAUGAGGCUGAACUCAAAGCACAGAUGUGGGAAGAGGAGAACAAGGACUAUUUGGCUGCUCAGAAAGUAAAGCAAGAGAAAGAGGAGGCUGAUCGAGCUGCUGGCAUCAAGAAGCCACCAAAGAAGCGUCGUAAUUUGAAGACACACGCGAACAUGAAGCCCUGCAAGAGUGCCGGCGAAGCCAUAGAGCGAGUACUGCAAGAGAAGAAGAUCUCCAGUAAAAUCAACUAUGAUGUACUCAAGUCACUGCAGUUCUCACUACCAUCUGCUGCUGCCACAUCACAGUCAGCUACAUCCACAGCAGCAGCUAGCAUUGAGCCGAAGACAGAAUCAGACGAAUCUCUUGCCGCGUCUGCACCAGCUGCAAAGCGAGUGAAGUUUGCACCAAAGAUCUAAGUAUUGGCCGCUAUCAAGAACUUUCUCCAGAGAUGACCAAUUCAAUGAGGUUGUGUCCGUAAUGGAGGUUGCUGUCAAUGCGGAUGUGGCGUCCGCUUGGUUUCUGGGAACCAGUAGCAGCGUUGGUAGCAGUGGCUGUAUUUAUAGCGAAAUAUCUGCUUCUGACCUGCUGUGAGCAUAAUUAGAAAACGAAACAACAAACACGUAGCAGGAACAUGAGCCGUGCAGCACCAUGGAUAGUGUUACCGGCGCCAUCCAGUGAUUUCCAUCAUUGCACUGUACAAAGCAAGCACAGUCAGCCAAUCCAGGCUUAUCAAAUUCCGUCGGCUGCAGGACUGAGUGGGCAAUAGCACUCACCACCACUUGACCAGCCAGUGGUGUUCAAGCUGUACACAGGAUUGUGAACCAUGCUGUAGCUAUGGCACAUACGGUAUCCUAAUGUUUAGGAUUCGCAGGUGCGUGCAGUAUCCCUCCUCUUGUUCAAAGCACUAUGGACUGUGGACUGCGUCUUUCUGACUCUUGUAUUGUAAUUUGUAACCUUUCGUCAUGGGCUUGAGUACUCCCUGAUGUUCUCCUUUCUUUGUACACAUGUACAUGUACACCUCCGUCUGUCUUAUGCUGAUUGCUCAUAUCUGAUUACACCAAGGCGUUCUUCCCUUGAACGAGGUCAUGAUAAUGUCAUGCAAGUAUUUUUUAAACAAUGUUUUUACCUUUCUGUUUUCCUGGCCAUCUUGUACAUAAUACGUGUGUACGUAGCUACUUGUAAUGAAAGCUGUGCCAACUGCCUACUUGUACAUACAUUCUACUUGCUGACAUGUUGAGUUCAGCUGUCUUUUGACAAUGCCAGUUUUGCAAGAGCUUUCUCUUUAUCAGCAGGCACCAUCGUGCUUUGCAUCCAUUGAAACCAUAAACUAUCGUAUCACACACACACAUGCGUGCACGUGCGCAUACACAUUUAUACACACGCGUCUCUCUCUAUGUAUAUUCUCUCUCUCUCUCUCUCUCUCUCUCUCUCUCUCUCUCUCUCUCUCUCUCUCUCUCUCUCUCUCUCUCUCUCUCUCUCUCUCUCUCUCUCUCUCUCUCUCUCUCUCUCUCUCUCUUUUCUUGGUGGUGCAGAAUUUGUCUAUCCACCCUGUGCAGUACAUGUAUUUUCAGAGCCACAUCAAACUCUAUGUUCUAAAGUUUAGCGUCGAUAGUGAAUUAUUACUCUCCGUUUUAUCCCUCGUUCAUGCCUCUUGCAUCCAUGAGAUCUACUGACGUACAAUA